UGAGUGUUUUUUUUACCCGUGCAUUGAAUCGCAGACAUGUUUUUUCCAUUGUUCACGACGUUAUACAGCUUUUGAGCGGUCGGGUGUCGGAGUCGAACCGCACGAGCUGACGAAGCUUAGCUUCAGGGCAUGGUCCUGAGAGAGGACGGUGAGGGAUCGACGAGCAAAUUGCUUGUGCUUGCAUCACUAUUUCUAUUUUUGUAGUUUUAUGUCGUUGAGGACGAGGUAUAAACGAUCUUGAUGAAGCAGAUAGCAACGACACCGUGGAUUUUAGUAUCCGCUUCUACUCGACUGCCCCGAUCAUACAACCGACCCAGGUCCUCAUACAUAGACAUACUGUUCUGAAAAAUAUUAACCGGUUUUUCUGCUAUCAAACCGCGCCCUAAUGGUUCUCGACAGAGACUCUGAGUAUCGUGGUGGUCGCUCCUUUUCACAUCAGCAUGGCAUCGACACCCCCCCCCUCCCUGAUGGCUUGUUGUCGUACACAUAGAUUGAUAAAGACAUAGUGUUCGCAUUUUUAGUGAUGGCCGCAAUAUUGGUCCACCCCCUUCUACUCGUUCUCGUCCUGCUAGUCGGUGCAGCUGAUAAUGUACUCAGUUGUCAGUUGCUAAAGAUAAACGAUAUCAUCAGAUGAAUUGAAAAUCAAUCGCGGCCAGCGCGCACCACAUGCGGCAGUAAGUAGUCGUCAACAACUAUGGUCCGUGUCCUCCGUCUUUCCUCGCUCGAGGAGCAGCAAGAAGACGUGAUCCUGUUUUCGACGCCUCAGCAACAGGUAGCCUCUGCCGCUUCGCGUCAGGCGGCAAAGGACAAUGCACCGACCAUACGGAAUCUGGCGAGAAAGUUACUGCAGAAAUGGAAGGAGGAUAGCACGGGAGCCGCAGUGACCGCUUCAGCCGAUGAACAGGUGCAACGCGAUAAAAACAACAUCAAUAUUAUGGAAGCGUCAGGUUUGAAAUCGUCAAAGUUGAAAUAAUUUGCAAUGCAUAAAAUGCAUGACCCGAGGCACGUGCGUUGCAGAGCAGGCAAGUGAGGCCGAUUGUGAGCCUGUUUGGGGUUUUUACAGCUCGAGCUUCUUAAUUAGCAUGAGAAAAUCGCUCUUCUUUGCCUAAACAGCAUGACAAAGUGGAUUUAAGGACCGCCAAAAUUUGUCUUGCGCCACUUGGAAACUGGGUCCCAACUGGCAUCCAUUUUAUGCAUGACAAAUUAUUUCAACUUUGUCGAUUUCAACUCUGACACAUCCAUAAAUAUCAAAUUCAACGGAAACAUCGACCCGGAGCGAUUGCUGUUUUGUGUCGACGGGAAGCAGUAUGACGCUUUUUCGGAACACAACUUGGUGACCGACGGAAGUCAUACCUUGAAAGAGUUGGACAGUGUGAACAGCAAAGUCGUCGUGGUAGUGUUGAUCCGGUAUAAGUUAGAUUUGCAGGUCCUGCGGUUCGAAAAAACGAAGUUCCCCGUCUGGCUCACCACAGGAAAGACGAUAACCGGGGAAGAGAUUUUGCAGAAGCACUACCUACCCAGGCUGAAGGUGUUAUCCAGGCUGUUGCACAGUAUCACCUACCCGCAUUUAGUGGUCGGGACGAAAGAUGUCUGGGCUGGGGUCUGUCGUGCGCCGGAAGCACUUGCGGGAGCAGGUCCGGAAGAGGUGGACGUCGACGGCGACGCAUUAGAGGAUAAGGAUGAAGCUCACGGGCCAAGAGAAGGACCACAAGAAGAGAACCCAGACUUUCGAACAGAUCAGCAGUUGCGUUAUCGGGGCCGCACUACAAAAACGAGUGAUCACCUUGAUGUUGGGAAAACGACCGCCGGUAUAGGCAGAAAUGUGAAGAGCCCCACCUCCGUGGUGUCCACUGCUUCAUCGCCUUUGCCACAAAUGCAAUCCUCGUCGUCAUCUUCCAGAGGAGCUACGAGUUCUGGUUCGGGCACUGCUGCGGUUCUUCAAAACCAAGCGAGGACCGCCUCCACCCAGCAAAGGGCGCUCAUUGGGAAGAAAGACUUUUACAGACCAAUUCACCACGACGUGCUGACGAUCAUUCCGAGAUACCAACUCCUCUGGCAAGCCUUCUACUACACGAUUCACAUCGUUUGGUUCUUCCACAACCUCGUCACCUCCGCCUGGAUCACGACUUUCCGCACGAGCCGGGGGAGGGGAAUCGGGUACUACGAGGACCACUUGCUAGACGUGAAUCCCGAUGGAACAGUGUCCGCGCGAGGGUCGAAUUCUUCUGCGGAUCGUGAUGCUGGUAGUGGUGGUGGGGGGUCUUCUACCCAGCAACAAAAUGCCCGAAGGGCGAGAAAUUACUACCACAUUGACGUAGGUCAAGACUUUCAGCACCACAGACAUGCCCCGGGACAAAACCCAAGAGGAGAGGAUUUGACGCUCAUAGUGAGACAAGCGCUCUUCGGCUUGUAGGUUUUUGGAUCAUGAUCGUGGAUAUUUCAUCCCGCUAAAGCGCAAACGCA